AUGUCCGAGAAAUCUAUAGAUUCUACCAUCGAAGAGGAGGAGGACCGCCAUAUCAAGCGGAGUAGAAUAGCGAAGUGUUUCAAGGCACUAUUCUGCUGCUUCAGACGCGAAUCAAACGCGAGAGAGAUUAUCAGAUACGAUCCCCACGAGUACGAUUAUAUCAUCGAGAAGCUCGUCGUGAAGCGCGUGCCGCUCGCGCUUUUCGUGAUCCCAGCUGAUCUCGCGGAUCGACGUAGAUCCGAUGACGCGAUGUCGGAUGACAUUUCGCCAUCGUCGUCUUUGUCUGCGUUUGGCGGGAAUAAUUUUAGCGCAAAUGCUAUUACACGUAAAACAUAUCCCACCUCGACGAGGAUGAACAGAUCUGUAUACGAUUCUGCGGCGAAUAAAACUUUGUGCUCUGACAUAAAUAAAAAUCAAGAUUUAAGCUUGGAUGAUCAAGCAAAUUCUUCGACCUGGAGACAGGGAAUUCUGAAUAGAUUCAAUGCACCUCCGCAUCCGGACUUGAAGGAAUUCGAAAGGUCGUCCAAGAAUCCGCCGAAUUUUCCGCGAAGCAAACUGUCAUUCGCGGAGGACAUUUCUGUGACCUCCAACACGAAGACCGACAUUUCCUCUAGGUCCUCGACGUCCUCCAUCACCGUUCAGGACGAUGUUUCAACUCGGGAUGAUUUUGCUCGUGACGAAUCUGUUCUCAAAAGUGAGAGAAAUGACAAAUCACAGGCAAAGGAGAAGGAUAUCGAGAAAGAUCGAAAUAAAUUCGUUCUUGGACGGAACCGGAGGUACAUAGUAUCACCGUUUCGAAUAAGACGAGAUUCUCUCGAUCUCACAAAAUCGAAAAAUGUCGUCGGGGAUUUCGGCGUGGACGGCAAAUCGCUGGCAUAUAUUCAAGAAUCCGUUGAGGAGAAAUCUUCGGAAUUAGUGAAGGAUUCGAAAGAUUGCGAUAUACAAUCGAACACGGUCAGAUGGCGAAUUACUAUUAGACGUCGGCGCGCAAACGCAAACUCAGAGCCGCCUUCUUCAGAAGGGAAAAUGCAUCGGUGAGAAUAUAUCACCGCAUGUACCGUCAGCUGUCGUUCACCUGCGUCUAUAUGUUCUCGCACCUGUGGACGUUGCCGCGGCGACGAGCGUGGCAUCAUAAU